CCGGAAAAACACUGUGCAGGUACUCGACAACAGGACUGCAUCAUACGUCCAAACAGUUGUUUUGCAACUAAAACGAGAGUUUCUAUUGGACAAAUUCAGGUAGAUCACUCCCCGUGUCGUUACGUUUGUUUCCGUUUCAGAAAAGUUUUGCAACGGAAUCAGCCUAAUGAAUUUCUCCUCAGAUAUCCGCGGUGGGGCCGUUUGCGAUCAUUCCUUGGACGAUACCACACUAUUAAAAGUGCGAUUUGCUACAAAGGAAAUACUCUUGAAUUCAUAUUGAUUUUAUUGAAAUUGGUUUCCUGAACUGUACUAUUUCGGUUGCGGUGUUUUUAUUUUUUUUAAAUAUAUUUUUUUCUGGUUUGUGAAUCACCUGUUAUCGUGGAGGCCGUAGGACUCCAUUGAAGACAAAAGGCCUACCUUCCACUCCCUCCCCUUGGAAUUUACCUGAGGAGUAGCUGGCCUACACAAAUCAGGAACAGACAGAUUUACCUGCUCGCCAGCCACCAUGGACUACAUGGACUCUGGAAUGAGAUACACCCCCAAUAAGGGACCGGACAGGGACUGGGACCAGGAUGUGACGUUCCUCCCAGCAGCUGACAGUAAGAAGUUAGAGAAGAAGAAAGGACCAGGGAGAGUCGGGGCUGUGAUCGGCAUCGUUAUCUUCGCUGCUGUCAUCGCCCUUAUGACCGGCCUACUGGUCUGGCACUUCCACUAUCGUAAGGAUACGCGUAUCAAGAAGAUGUACAGUGGGUCGAUGAAGAUCACCAACCAGGUGUUUGAGGAUACCUAUGAAAACUCCAACAGCACCGAGUACAGAGCGCUGGCCGAACAGGUCGUCAAACAGCUGAAAACACUCUACCACAAGAUGCCCCAGCUGGCCAAGUACUAUGUUGGCUCCAACGUACAAGCCUUCAGCGAAGGCAGUGUGAUAGCCUACUACCUGUCAGAGUUUGAAGUACCACGUGGCCAGGAAGCAGCGGUGGACAAGGCCAUGUCCUCCAUGGACAAGGUAGUGGCUAAGGUGCAGAGGGGCUUCCCGAACAGCAGGCCUGGCAACGAUCUGUUGUUUGAGGAUGUCAUGAACUCUGCUCUGGACUCUAGAAUGUUCUCCGAGUCCUUCAGUGAAUACUACAGGUACUCAGAACACACCAGAGCGAAUACGAUUGUUCCAAUCAUGUCACCUGGUUUCCCCAAUACUCCGUACCCGCCCAACACCUUCAUCCAAUGGCAGCUGAGAGCCGACCCUGGUCACGUGCUCAAACUGGACUUUGAUACCUUCAACCUAGAGGAGGACUGUCAUAACGACUUUGUUAAGGUCUACGACUCCCUGGUGGCCAUCGAGAGCCACGCCAUGGAAGAGAUUUGUGGCUACCACUCUCCCAGCUCCCCCCUGACCUUCCAGUCCUCCCGGAACGUGAUGCUGGUAACCUUGGUAACUAACAACGAAAAUAACUACCCAGGACUCAGAGCGCACAUCUCUCAGAUCCCCCGGAACAGCAAAGAGCUGGCAUGUGGUGGCCAGCUAUCAGGAGAGACGGGGCUUUUCACAUCCCCAAACUACCCCAACUACUAUGCUCCCAACACCAAAUGUGAAUGGAAUAUACAGGUCCCUGCUGGUAAGUCAGUGAAGGUCAAGUUUAGUACCUUCCUGUUAUCAGAGCUGGGUCAGGAGAACGCGAAGGAUUGUAACAAGGACUAUGUAGAGAUCAACAACAAGAGGUAUUGUGGAGAACCUCCAACCAGUCCUGUUGUAACCAGUGACACUAACACCAUGAAGGUAGUCUUUUACUCCGACGCCUCGUAUGUAGACAGAGGAUUCAGCGCCAUGUACGAGACCUUCGAAUCCACGGACCCCUGUCCGAACAAGUUUCAGUGCAACAACCAGCGUUGUGUCAACACACAUCUGAAGUGUGACGGCUGGAACGACUGUGGAGAUAUGAGCGACGAGAUGAACUGCAAGUGUGAUUCCACUCAGAUCAGCUGUAAGAACGGCCUGUGUAAGCCCCAGUUCUGGGAGUGUGAUGGAGUGAACGACUGUGGAGAUGACACCGAUGAGCAGAACUGUGGUGCUUGUAAAGCGGGGGAGCUGACAUGUCAGAACGGAAAGUGUGUGUCGGAGAAGAAACGCUGUGACGACAAGGAUGAUUGUGGCGACGGGUCAGACGAGAGCGACUGUGGACGAAUUAUGAAUAAUGUGCAGUGUUCUGACUCCACCUAUAAGUGUGAGAACAACAAGUGUACCAACAAGGAGAACCCUGAGUGUGAUGGAACACCUGACUGUGAGGACAAAUCAGAUGAGGCCAACUGUGAUUGUGGGCGGAGCCUGUUUAAAACUAGCCGUAUCGUGGGUGGUCAGGACGCAGAAGAAGGGGAGUUCCCGUGGCAGGUCAGCCUCCACAUUAAGAACGCUGGUCACGUGUGUGGUGCUUCCAUCAUCAGCCAGCGCUGGCUGGUUACUGCUGCUCACUGUGUACAGGAUGACGCCAAGACCAGGUAUUCCCAGCCAGGUGUAUGGGAGGCGUACCUAGGCCUUCACGUCCAGAAGCAGAACAGUAAGAACGUUCAGAAGAGGAACCUGCGUCAGGUGAUCUCCCACCCGUACUACAAUGCCUAUACCUUCGACAACGACAUCGCUCUGAUGGAGCUAGACAGCCCUGUGACCUUCUCUGAUUACAUCAGACCCAUCUGUCUGCCCUCCCCACAACACACCUUCCCCCAGGGUAACUCUGUCUGGAUCACAGGUUGGGGCGCCACACGAGAAGGAGGCUCUGGUGCAUCCAUCCUGCAGAAAGCCCAGGUUCGUAUCAUCAACAGUACUGUGUGCAACCGCCUGAUGGGAGGACAGAUCACCUCCAGGAUGACGUGUGCUGGUGUGCUGACUGGAGGUGUGGACGCAUGUCAGGGGGAUUCUGGCGGGCCUCUGUCCAGUCCUGGUACUAGUCGUAUGUUCCUGGCUGGAGUGGUGAGUUGGGGUGACGGCUGUGCCCGUAGGGACAAGCCUGGGAUCUACAGCACCGUCACCAAGUUCAGGGGCUGGAUCAAGGAGAAGACCGGCGUGUAACAGGACACGGGGAAACGACUAGGAAUGAUGAGGACAACCGGUCGAUGAACACGCCAGUACUGUACAGAUUACUGGUUCGCCAGGACUCGCCCUCUAUACCCUCCUCCUCUCCCUUCCAUUAUCCAGGACUAUUUUACACACUUUGAUCUCAGGCCUCACAAUGCACUCCCUUUCAUAUCGAUGGACUAUGGACCGUUGGUUGGGUUUUCUCUGUUGAAAGGCACAUGCCUUAAUGUCUAAAUGUUUAUUAUAAUGACUGGUGUCUGAAUGUGUAUUUUUUUGUUAUGAGGAGGAAUAGGUGGUUUUGUGGGGAAAGUGUUUUUAAGAAUUGUAAAUAAUGUCAAAUUUUGUGCAUUUUGAUUUUUUUUUAGAUAUAUUAUUUUUGCCCAUUGCAAUCAGUCAUUUGGAGUGAAUAUACACAACAUUUUCUGGUACGUUUUGCAUAGGUAGGAUUUGGGACAUUUUUAAGGAGUAACUGUAGAAAAACUGUUACAUGCGCGUACACAAGGAGACGAUGUGUUCCGUUGCUUGUUUUGUCAUUGGAUUUGAACCGUUUCCCCAUAGGUUUGCUUUCUCUUACGUCCUCUUUUAGAACGGUCUCUUAAAUGUGAAUUCAGACUCUUUGACUUGUUGCCCUUGUACUCAUGAAGGUUGGGGGGGGUUGCAUUCCAAAUGGUGCCAUAUUCCCUUAUGAAGUGCACUACUUUUGACCAGGAUCCAUAAGGGCUCUGUUUUUUUAAAGGUGGUACACUAUGUAUGGAAUCGGGUGCCAUUUGGAACACAGGGCUCAAACAGACGGUAUGGACCUGGGGUCGCUAUCCACUAUGAUUUGGUUUUUGACACAAUAGUUUUUUUAGUUGAAAUACCAGGAAGUCCUGAUGCGACAUGAUGAUGAAUAAUUUUGAUUUUUUUUUAAAUGUGAUUUAUUCCUUGAUGUUCUGCUUCUUCUCUUUUCUCCCAACUUUAUUUUUCAUUUAAUUUGGGUCCGACGGCAACGCUUUCACAUCAGAAUAAAGCUUCGUCAGAGAUCGUCUGUUCGGUAUAAAUAACAUUGAUUUCACAACAUCUUGUUUGUUUUUUUUGAGGACAUUUACAAAUUAUCGAAUUUAACUUAGAAAUUAAAACAUUAUCCAGCAUUUAUCAAAUCAAACACUUACUGUAUUUUUUUUAUUAUAUAUAUAUAUAUAUAUAUAAGUGUUUAAAAUAAAUAUGAACAACCAA